UUGAUGUGCUUGGGUUGAUUAUGGUCUAGAUACAGUACAGUAUUGCUGGGUGAUAUGUGUGGAUUGGUGGGGUUUGAUGGGUUGGUUGAUGUGCUUGGGUUGAUUAUGGUCUAGAUACUGUACAGUAUGGCUGGGUGAUAUGCAGUACAGAGGGACUUCCUGGAUUGCAACACCAGGUUACAGGGAGAAGUAACAGACUGAGGACAUGAAGUGACAGCUCACACCCAUCAGAGACUCACACAGGGCUCACAGUCAACAGGAAGAGAGAGCACACAGAGAGAGAGCUGUGGACACAGACAAGGAGACCAUAGAAAGUGGUAAAAGAGGACACACCCUGGUGUUGUGGUUGAUUCAUUGAGGCAGUGAAGGCAGCAUGUGGGUCCUCAUCUGGGCAGCUCUACUCUUCUCUCUGGCAGAGAGAGCAACAUGUCAAAGACAGGCCCCUACUGCAGCAGCUCCAUCAGCUGCAAACACAAACAGCAUCAUCUUCCGUCCAGAAGAAAUAACAGCACAGACUGGCCUAUGUGCUGUUAUUUCAUGUACUUUCAAUCACUCUGAUAGUGUCAAGCAGAACGCAGCAGUAUGGUACAAAUACCCUGCAAAUGGCAAAAAAAAGGAUCAUCAUAUAAUUUUCCACUCCAAAAAUCCCUCUAAAGCUCAGGAGGGUUAUAACCACAGAGUGUAUCUACUGGAGACAGACCUGACAAAGGGGAACUGUAGCGUGGUCAUCAACAACAUCAGAGAGAAUGAUGCUGGACAGUAUCAAUUCAAAAUGAAAGGAAGACCAUUUAUAGACCCACAGAAACUCACAGUAACAGCUCUGACCCAGAAGCCCUCAGUGUUGACUCCUCCUCUGACAGAGGGAGAACCAGCGACUCUGACCUGCACCGCCCCGGGAAUCUGCUCUGGAACUCCUCCUAACAUCACAUGGACAUGGAGCGGGACAGGAGACAACAUCACUGAGCUCAGAGACAACACCACGACACAAAGGAGAGAGGAUCUCACCCGCUUCACAACAACCCACUUCUCAACUUUGACCUUUACCCCCUCAGCUAAGCAUGACGGCACCAAGGUCACGUGUCUGGUGACCUUCAAUGGAAGCGUCAUCACCAAGAAGACACUGAAAUUGAAUGUGACACAGGAAGUAUCUAAAGACAUCUUGGCUAUGCUGUUGAACCCACCACUGAUUACUGCAGUUGUGAUUGGUGCAGCCUGCUCAGCCACCAUCGGUUGUAUCAUCCUGUGUUUCACAGGGAAAUAUAAAAAACGCAAAGAGAGGACCCCAAAGAACUUAGACUCCAAAAGCCCUUUCACGAACCUGGAAAUGGUGGCAUGUGAAGACCAACAGAGAGAUGCAGGACAGGCAGUGAUGGGCGAACAGACACAUCUGCAGGUGGAGCUGAGGGAGGGAACUGAAAACGGAGGGCUCCAGACCAGUGGAGCUGCGGGACACUCUGCCCCAGGGGAAGAACCAAAAGAGGUGGACUACGCCAGUAUCAACUACUCCCUACUGAAGAAGAAGACACCUGAGGAGGCAGAGAAGAAGACCACUACCACAGAGUCAGACUACGUCGAAAUCAAACGAGAGAAGAAGAAUGAGAGGGGAAAAGAUGGUAGAGAGGAGAGUGGUGUGAUGGAAGAGGUGGAAGGGGAGGAGAUGAUAGGGAAGGACGUGGAGAACGGGAAGCCAGUACGAGAGACAGAUGAAGAUACAGCGCUUUACUCCAACGUCAAGGCUAUUUUUGGUGGAGAGUGACACAGCAAUUUUGUCUAGAAACAUGGGAGAUAGCACACAGUACUAUGGCUUCUAUUAUACAGCACUGCUGUGUUUUCUCAUAUUCCAGACUGAAUGUUUUGUGAUGAUACAGAGACUUUGUUUUACUCAAUCUACUGUAGGUAAUAGUUUUGGUACUUCUUUAUUUUUCAGCCCUGUGUCAGCCGAAGCAAGUAUUUUUGGGAGGGUUAUACAUAUUUUUUAAGGAAGUUAAUGUAAUGUUAAUUUUGUAAUGAUUCUGUCUUGUGUCACCAUGGGGAAGGACUGACAAAGACAUGGUUUGGAGAAGUAGAGGUUUUCUCCUCUGUCCUUUCAUGUUUUGGCAUUUUGAUUUAACCCUAAGCCUAUUUAUUGAGGCACUCCCUUACUUUUGAUGAUUGUGUAUAUUUAUAAAUGUAUGAGGGAAAGGAAGUAACCCGCACACUGCUCUUGAUAGUACCACUGAUCUUUAAUAAACUUUUGUGAGUUUUUUAAAAUAGCACCCUGAUGUAGACUUAGCCCCACCCACAUCCGUUCCACGCAUCGAAUGGGGUUGGAGGCGAGGUGAAAAACAAAUCACUGCUACCAAAUAUAACAAUAUGCAUUUCAUAAAUAUUCGAAUAAAGUGUGUACAUAAAACGUA